GCAAUCGUUUCCACGGGCUCCUCCAUAGACAUCGCUCUCCUCUCUCGCGCGUCACUUUAGUCUGCCUCUCUACCUCCUACCUACCUCAUGGCAGGUGUUUCUCCUAGAGAACUCAGAUAAACUCAAACUGAGUUUAGUCGAUCUUUUUUCGCUUUACUUAAGCGAGGGGAUGCCCUGCCUCCUCUCUGAAGAGCUGGAGUCUAUGGAGCCUGGCAGCGCGACUCGCGGGGCAUCACCUGCCGCUGGGACAGAGGAGUCCUACCGCAGGGAAACAGUUGCUGAGCCGCCGAUGAUGAAAGGAAUGGGCUGGUUCUUCUCCCCGCUGUGGAGUCCCCGCUCCAAGACGCACCGCAGGAGGUUUGGAGACGGUAUGAAGAGCGACCAAGUGGAGGCCUGGCUGGAUGACCACUCCGACUUUACAAGGGCGUACUUUUUACGCAGAGCUUCCGCGGUCAGUGGGCCACAGGCAGAGAUGCCUCCACUGCUGCCCAGGCUUCCCAGGAGUAGCUCUGACCACUCUGACCUGCUCAUGAAGGCUCAUCAUCGCAGAGCUUCUUCUCCACUGACCAGCUCACACUUGAACAUUUCAUCCUUAACAGACAGGCUCAAACCCCUUGCUUCCAAUCUCAGUGCCCCUGAGUGGAUGGAUCGCUCCAGUCCAGAUGUCUUGAGCAGUCACUCCCCUUGCUCUCCCCGCUCUUCACGCUUUUCUUUUUCUCCCUGCCGACCUCUUUCUCCAAUAUGCCCUUGCUCCCCUGACUUAGCCCGCUCCCCUCAGCCUCUGCGUCCCACUGCUACAAAGACUGCAGCCUGUGGCAAUGGUGAGUGCUGCCCAUGGAUGAUGGAGCUCCUGAGAGGAGGUCUCAGCUGGAUGGGCUCCAUAGCAGAGCUCUGCCAGGGGGCUGUCUUGCACACUGGGGAGCUGCUGUCAGCUGAGGGCUGCUCCCUCUCUCUGGUAAAGAAAGACUGUGGUGGAAGGAACACCUUGGAGGAGGUGAUUGCCCCAACAGCGUUGGGGUGCUUGAGCGAAGGCUCAAGGAACUUCUGCAGCCAUGCACACAUGGAGCUGGUGAAAGGUAUCAUGGGAUGUGUACUGGCUACAGGGUCACCAAUGAACCUGAGAGACGCGUCAGAGGACCCCAAAUUCGACUUAGAUGACGAUCAAUCAUCAAAGAUCAGGGCUGUUUUGAGUGUUCCCAUCAAGAACCACAGGGGAGAGGUGGUAGGUGUAGUAGUAGUGAUCAACAGGAGAAAUGGCUGUGAUGGAUCAGUUUCUGUUUUUACCAACAUGGAUGAAAAGGUGCUGUCCAAUCAUAUGGAUGUGUUGGGGAUGGUCCUGGAUAAUGUCCAGCUGUAUGAGAGCUCAAGACAUGAAGCCAAACGCAGUGAGGCCUUGAUAGAGAUGGCACAGGUAUUGUCAAAAGGGCACCAUUCCUUUGAAGUUCUGCUGAGUAAGAUGGCUGCCACCAUCAUGCCCUUCACACAUGCUCAGUACUGCACCAUCUUCAUCCCCGAGCAAACCUCAGUUGUGGAAGACAAGGUUUCAUUCUCCAGAGUGAUCCACCUGGAGUGUGAGGAGCUCGGAUCAACCUGCCAGAUCUACAGAAGGGAGCGUGACAUCAGUGAGAUAGACCCAUCAUAUGCCCUUCGAACUUUGGUUGCUGUGGAAACACUUAAUAUGUCGGAGAGUUCUGAGGAAUCGAUAAACAGUCUGAUCUGCUGCCCUGUCAGAAAUGAGAUGUCUGAAGAUGUUAUUGCGGUGUGCCAGCUGAUGAACAAAAGGAGCAGAGACUCCGAUGAGAUGGAAGCCUUUAACAGAUAUGAUAAGCGCCUUCUAGAGGACCUGGCGGUUUACUGUGGCCUAGCCCUGCAGUAUGCUCAGGCUGUGCAGAUCACUGAGGAGCGGAGGGCCAGUAUAGAGGUCACACAAGAGGUUCUUGCCUACCACAUCACCGCAGCAGAGGAGGAAAUACAAAUAUUGCAGGAAGCUACUAUUCCUUCUGCUGAAUCACUGCAUGUUCUAGACUUCCAAUUCUCUGAUUUUGGUCUGCCAGAAGACCUGACCACUCAGGCCACCAUUCGCAUGUUCCUGGACCUCAAUUUGGUGCAGGAUUUUAACAUUGAUUACAAGAGUCUCUGCCAGUGGGUUCUGACUGUGAGACGUGGCUACAGGAACAGCGUUCCUUAUCACAACUGGAACCAUGCACUGAGCACUGCUCAGAGCAUGUUUGCUAUGCUCAUGGCCACAGACCAACUCCAGACAAUUUUUUCCCGUCUGGAGAUCUUAGCAUUGAUGAUAGCAACUCUGAAUCAUGAUCUUGACCACAGAGGAGUCAGUAACUCUUACAUAGAAAGGAGUCAACAGCCUUUAGCACAGCUGUAUGGACAUUCGUCUCUUGAAAAUCACCACUACAACCUGUGCCUCUUCAUCCUAAACAACACUGGGAGUCAGAUUCUCAGCAGUCUCUCUUCAGAAGACCACAGAGCUGUACUACAGAUGAUCAAAAGGGCAAUCCUCGCCACUGACCUGACCGUCUACAUGGAGAGAAGAAAAGAGUUCUUUUCUCUCACUAAGAAAAGCAGAGUGAACUGGAGGAGUGAGAAACAAAGAGAUUUACUGAGGUCGAUGUUAAUGACAGCUAGUGAUCUCUCUGCUAUCACAAAGCCUUGGCCUGAACAAAAAAGGAUUGCCAACCUGGUUGCCAUGGAGUUCUUUGCACAGGGGGACAAAGAGAAACAAGAGUUCAAAAUCAAACCCAUUGACAUAAUGAACAGAGAAAACAGCACUCGACUGCCAUACAUGCAAGUUGAAUACAUUGAUGGCAUCUGCUAUCCACUCUACAAGGCUGUAUCUAGACUGUUUGACACCUGCUCCCCACUGCUGAAUGGUUGUAAGAAGAACAGAGAAAACUGGCUGCAUCUUGCGAAGGAGGCAGAGGAAAGAAACAGUGAAAAUAGUAGUAGUGUAACCCUGGAAACUCAUAAAAACAAUGAGGAUGAGACACAGACAGAGGAAUAGAGGACAGGGUAGAAGAUGAAGACACAUGGCUUUGGAAGCAAAAAUGAAUUUUACCCACCUGCACCUGUUGUUCUCCAUCCUCUCUUGGACACAUCUUGACUAAAUAUUGCCUUAGUGCCCACACAGCAGAACUCUGACUACAAAAUGUGUUAAUGGUAAAUACAAUAAUAAUCCUGACUAAUAUAAGCAGUGCUGCAGUUAUGUCCCAAACAACUGGCCAAGAGCAUAUCAUGUAACAAGUCCAGUGUGAAACCUGUCAGCAGUGUCAAGUCUCCCAUAAUUAACAUUGAUCUGUUUCAUUAUUUUUAAAGUACUGAAGCUGCACAAGCUGAGAAAAUUAUAAUUUCCAUACUAUAUCUGCAUUUCUUCUGUACUCUGUACUGAGUUUUAUGAAGAUAAGAUUUAUACUCA